AUGUCAGCAGCAGCGCUCCUCCCAAUCACCAGCACAUUCGCACUCCCACUCAGCAUCUACCACAUCUUCCUCCAAGUCCGCGUGAGCUUCAAACGCAUAGCUUCUCGAACGAGCCUCGAAGCAUCUUCCAAGCCGCAAUCGGAGAAGAACGAUGACCCACUUCUCGCCGCCUUUCGCGCUCAAAGCAACUUCACCGAGAACGUGCCACUGGCGCUCAUCCUAGCGGGAGCCGUGGAGCUGAACGGAGGCUCAAAGACGGUGUUGACGGCAGCAUUGAGUGCGCUCGUGGUGUUUCGUAUAGCGCAUGCUGAGUAUGGACUGAUGGCAAAAGGAUACGGCGGUAAAGGACGGCCCAUUGGUUUCUUCGGCACCGCGGGUGUCAUCGUUGGGCUGGCUGCGUACGGCGCGUGGCUCGCAAGAGGGAAUUAG